GUGAGACGAAGCUGAAAUAACCGCGUCGUACUUUUUCCGGUCUCGACGAUUUUUUUCCAAAAUUCCCAACAGCCAUGACCGAGUGACAGCGAGUGCGGGAUCGCAAGAAUCCUCCGCGAGUAUCACUAUCUGCGGCUUCCAAGUUAAUCGGAAUAACUGUCGGGAUGUCGAGAUAGCGAGACAAAGCUUUUUCUCUCUGGAGAACCGGACGGUCCAUUUAGAUACCGCGUUCCCUUAUCCCCUUUUUCUUGUUCCGCCGCGGAAGAUCGAAAGGCCCUCGAGUUUGUGAACAUCCCAAAAAUUCACCGACACUAUUCACGACGCUAAAUAUCGAACUAUGUGGAAUAUCUCUCUGACGAAUAAAAAUAGAUUUUUCCGAAGAAUUUAAUUUAAAUAUUUUAGAUUGUAUAUUUUUUCAAAGAAAUUUAAAUACACCAAACUCUUUCUGAUAAUUCGAAACCCGGCUGACUCUAAUUUCUAAGUAAUUCCACUGUCAAAUUUAGAGAAUUUCGAAUUAGAAUCUAAAAAUUGAUAUCUUCAAAUAUUUAACAUCUAACUGAUAAAUUUUGUAUAAAACUUUGAUUUUCUGACUGAACAUCGGAGAUUGUAAAUAUCUGUGAAGAUCUAAAAUCCUGCGCCACGAUUCCGUUAAGUUACCAAUUAUCUGUUUAAGAAUUUUGAAGAACUUCGACGCGAUUUGUGAAAUUUCUGUCAAAUUUCUCAGUGAGGAAAAAUGUCGAAUGACUUGAAUUUUUACAUCCAGUAAUAAAUUAUAAAGCUUCAUAAUCACUGGUCAAUGUUUGUGAAAAUCGAAGUAUCGACCCGCAAGAACGACAGAUUGAAAGCUCCUGCCAUCGUCGGGACGCUCAAUAACCAGGACAGUGUUUUACAAUGGCCAACGAAAGGAUAUCAGGUCGUUACAGAACAUCGUUACCAGUUCCGGGUCAUUCCGAAGUAAAUCUGUGCUCAAUGACGCUCCAGCUGGGCAAAGACAUCAGCAAGACCAGCAUGCCGGUCAUCUUUAACGAGCCGCUUUCUUUCCUGCAACGCGUCGCGGAAUAUAUGGAGUAUGCCGUAUUGCUCAAGCAGGCAUCCCAGCAAGAGUCGUCAGUCUUGAGGCUUCAGUACGUCGCAGCUUUCGCUGUGAGUGCCCUCGCUUCGAACUGGGAGCGCUUUGGAAAACCUUUCAAUCCAAUUUUGGGCGAGACAUACGAGCUGCAACGCGAAGAUUUCCGGAUAAUAUGCGAGCAGGUUUCGCAUCAUCCACCAGUGUCCGCGUUCUACGCCGACAGUGAGGAUUUCAUCUUUCAUGGCAGCAUCCAUCCUAAAUUGAAAUUUUGGGGAAAAUCACUGGAGGUACACCCGAAAGGAACUGUCACGGUCGAAUUACCCAAAUGGAAGGAGUCCUACACUUGGCAAAACGUCAAUUGCAUCCUUCACAAUGUCUUGGUAGGCCAAUUAUGGAUGGAGCAGUCAGGCCCUUUGGAAAUCAGACAGCACGGAGGGGAUAAUUUAAAAGCUAAGCUAUGCUUUGUUAAAAGCACCUUGAAUGGCAAGGAUGUCCAUCGCGUCGAGGGAUUCAUAACAAAUCAAGAAAAAAAAAAAUUACUCUUCCUUUACGGUCAAUGGACCGAAAUUUUACGAUCGUGCCAGCCCUCAUUAUACGAGGAAACGCUGGAGAAGAUCAAAUUAGAGGCCAAAAGCCCACAAGCCAGUCCAGGACAUAAGAAAGUUUUGGCGAAGCUCCACAGUCUCAAAGUUGGAGCUUUCAAGCCCUUGCAUCAGGAUGCAAUAGAGGAACCCUUUGGCAAUACAGUCGUUGACGACAUUCCGAUUGUGGACGAGAUUCCAGGAUCUGUCACUCUGUGGGAAGCUACACCAAGGCCCAGCAAUAGUUCGGAUUAUUAUCAAUUUACGACGUUCGCGAUGUCACUGAACGAAUUGGAAUCUGAUAUGGGAGACAUCCUAUGUCCGACCGACUCUAGAUUAAGACCGGAUAUUCGCAAGCUGGAGAAUGGCGAUCAGGAUGGGGCUGCAUCUGAAAAAGCUAGGCUGGAGGAGAAACAGAGGAAUAGUCGCAAAGUGCGCAAGCAGAAGAAAGGAAACGAAUACGCUCCCAGGUGGUUCCAGUCUGGUAUAAGUCCUUACACUGGCCAAGAAGAUUGGAUAUAUCUGGGCGGGUAUUGGGAUCGUAAUUACACCGACGUCGAGGACAUCUUUUAAUGAAGGCGGAGUUCGUUAUCUUCCAUUAAUCCGACUAACGCUAACCGGAGAUCAGUAAUUGAGCGUCGUUAGUAAAAAAUUACAAAUAAAUUGCCUAAGAGGACAGGUGCGUAGCUCGAUAAUAGACGCCAUUAGAAAUCGAUGUCUUUGUGUAAAGUAAUUAAAAGCAGAUCUUGCGUGCGAGAUUCUUCGAGCGCAAAAUUGGAACUGGGUACUUCAUCCCAUGCUCUUCGCUGUGGGAAGAAAGCGAACAGGAGAUACAAGCAAAUAUCAUUCGAAAACCAAUUUCUGAGAACCAGAAUUUAUGGUUUUCGUACAUUCGAUUGUAUCAUUGAUUCGCGCUUCCUGUCUCCGAUACUAUUUUUAUAAGAGGCCAUGUUGGAUCGGAAAGGCGAUUCUUUCAUAGUAUCCCUGCUUGAAGAAGCCAGUAAGAGACGACAGAAACUGAUUUGAAGUUUAUAUAGGAUCCUCCUUCCUAAGUUUGAAACGAUAUCAUAAUUCAGGAGCACUCUAUGUAACUUCAACACAGACUGUUGUUUCAGUCUAGGUUUCUCGGUUAAACCAUCAAAUAUUUAUCCGCACGUUUAACGCUUUUCUAUCGAUCUGUCAAUUCAGCCAAGUUACGUUUCGACGUUAAUACGAGAAUCGGACUUAGUUCUAUCCGAGGAAAAAAAUAUUCUUGUAUAUUUAUAUCAGAAAUAUACUUAAUAGAAAUGUAGAAGAAAUCUUGUAUCUUAUCAAUUGAGAAUCUGAAAUUUAGA